CGCCGUAGCAACAGCGUGCUGCGAUCGAAUUUUGCACAACACUAUAGGCUUCCGCACGUUGAACCCAUCCACGACAUAGCUGCUGGGGUCGUUCGGUUUUUGACGAAGCCGACGACCAUUAGUAGGCCUAGAAGUGUGCUAGUUUUUCUUCUUUUGUGUCACCAAUUGAAAAUCCCACGGCUUGCUGAAAUAGUCGCGGGAAAAUCGAAGAAGCCACAGUUCUGUAUACGGUCUACAUUUGGUGUGUUUGUCGAGGGUUUUUUUUUUGUCAACGUUCGGAGACAGCUUACGCACCAUUUGGCUUAUAAUGAUUCCAUAAGCAUGUCGAACGUUUUGUGACCAGAGUUUUCCGUUUGGUGAUGUUUUACAUAGAUAACGUUUGAAACCAACUUUUGUCAGAAACUAACGAAUAUUAAUCGGGAGAGUUUGUGGGCGAAAUAUUAUUAUUGUUGAGGAUUGUAAUUUCAAUUGGGGUUUGAGAUGGUCAUCGUGCGGUCGAGCGGAGCGGCGAUCGUACUGCUGAUCAUCGGUGGUUUUAUUACUGUUGAAGUGCAGGGUGCUAGGAAGACCGGAACCAAGGUCACGGUGCAGGCAUCAUGUGCCGAGGAGGAAUUCCAGUGUGACAACGGGUCCUGUAUUCCCAAGGCUGCACGCUGCAACGAUAGCAAGGAAUGUUCAGAUGGAAGUGAUGAGCUCGGCUGUGAUUACUUCCUGUGUAGGAAACCGAUGUGGCAUCGCUGUAAACACGACGAAAGCUGCAUUAGUGCGUCCUUCCUGUGCGACAAGCAUGACGAUUGUCCACUGGGAGACGAUGAGGAAAAUUGUGAGAACUACGAAGUUCCGCACACCCCGGUCCCUUGCAGCAAGCUGGAGUUCACCUGUACUGACAAAAUGUGCAUUCCAUCCGAUUUGGUGUGCGAUGGAACGCAGCACUGCCUGGAUGGAUCAGACGAAACCAUAGGUUGCAUGGACAUUGAGAACAAAUGCAAGGGAUUCCUGUGUAAGAACAAGCACUGUCUUAAAAGCCACGACUGGGUUUGCGAUGGGGUGGACGAUUGUGGAGAUGGAUCGGAUGAGGUCAACUGCUUUGCCGAAUGUAACCUGGAACAUGGGAAGUUCGAGUGUUCCGACAAUAGUACCUGUGUCGAUCUGAAGGUCCUCUGUGACGGAAAAGACGAUUGUGGGGAUCACAGCGACGAGGGAGGGUUGUGCAGCGAUCGCAAACAGUGCGAUACGCUCCGGUGUCCAGAGGGUUGUCAGCUGACUCCGCAAGGCGCUGUCUGUCUUUGCAAGGCGGGAUACGUGUUCGAUAAGCGUAGCAAGAAGUGUGAGGAUGUAAAUGAGUGCGACCGGUAUGGAUUGUGUUCCCAGGGUUGCGUAAAUACUCCGGGUUCGUUCCAGUGUACCUGUGCCAAGAAGUUCAAGCUGAGGAAGGAUAAACGAUCGUGUGAGCUAGCAGAACAGAAGCGAAAUUUCAGCAUUUUGGGUGUUUUUAUGUACAUUUGA